AUGUGCAUUCUUUACGCAGGGUCGGUACGAGCAGGGGUGGAUACACUUCACUGCCAAGAUCUCAGAGUUUCUUCGAAUGAUCCGAUUGGUCAAAGCAGCCUUUGCGUCGUUCAAGUUCAUCAACAUCACUCUGCUGUACCAACUUGCACCACUCCUGACCUCUUACUGGACCUCUGGUGGUCGAUGAUGGCUGAUCGCUACACCAUUGCGGGACGUGGCUGGUUGCUUACAUACUCUGUGCUCCACAAUGCCUUGUUCUCUUGUCUGGUGCACACUUCUGCCUCGGGCGAUGGAAGUCAGGAGGGCGCGGCCUGGGGCAUCGUCAGAGUCCUCAGAGAGAUGGCCGACGCGGGAAAGGCCAUAAAUACAAUUAUUGAGGCUAAUCAAGCGUCAGUUCAUCAGCCAAGGUCAGAGGUCAGUUCGCUGCUCGAUCUUUGUGUCAUUAUGCCUCGUGGAUCAGUACUUCGUUCUGGAUCAACAGUCAAGUGCUUGGCGUAUCGUGAUACCAUUGGCUAUCCUACGCCGGAGCACAAAAACAGGUCGCAUACCAACUUCAAUCCUCCUCUUGCCCCUGAGCCAGUCAUGCUUUGGCGAACUAUGCUAAACUACCGCCGCUCGCUGAGCCUGGCCAUUCUACUAGCGUUAUUCUUUACGCAUAUCGGGCAGGAUACUGAUCAAUCCAAAAGCAGAUUGAGACUCUUCUGCCAAGCUUCGAUGGCGCAAGCAGCACAGAAGUUUCUUCAGCGCAUCACUGUCUGCUUAUUACUUUACUCGGCAUGGCUUCUGAUCACUGGACUGCCACGCACCCCAGAGUUCUUCUUUUCGACAGCGCAUACGACGCUCAGCGUUGUCUCUUGCGUAGAAAGCGUCGGUCCCAUAUUAUUGAGCUUUAUCAACCAUGACGGACUAGCCAUUGCUAUCAUGGCCGCUUUGCUCUGCCUUAGCAUGUCUCUACGUGGGACAUUAUCGAUUAAUCUUCCGGCAUGGAUCGAUCCCCUUGACCAUAUCAGCCCAGCCAAGUGGGAAGUGCAGGUUUCAGCAUGCGCAGAAACAAUCGAUCUGACAAGCUGCACCGCACUGUCUGGCAAGGAUGUACCGACUCUCUACGGCGUCAAGAAAUUUCUGGCAACUGCUUGUGGCAUCUUACUAGGGCUCGUCAUCGGACAUCGUCUGGUGGCGUUCAUGGUGAUCAAGCCAACAUACCUGAACAGAUCUCUCAGCAAUUGUUCUCAAGUGCAAAGUCACAACGCCACUUUGGAUUCACAGCUGCAGAGCUACGUUUACCUGUUAUACCGACCCACUUUCCCGGCAUCUGGAAGCCAGAAGGCCCACUGCAUUCACCAGCAUCAGCGCCAUGGCGUAAUGCUGCGCAACACCACUCGAUCUGAUCGAAUCGGUGUGACAUGCACCUGGCCAGCACCAUCCACCGCCUCGUCAGAGAACCUCGUCAACCUUGAAGACACGGUCGAUCGUUUGCUCGCAUGGGCGAUUACGCAUGGCUUCUUUGCAGCUGCGAUCUUCAUGGGACUGGUUGUUCCCGGGCUUACCGCAGUCAUUGACAUGAAGUUUGGGCAGAAGCUGUUCUGGGAGGCUGGACUCGACGAGAGUGUCCAUGCGAUUGAUUCCCGGCUUUGUAAGCUGGAAGACGAUGACGAAUUUGCUGUCGGCAGAAGGCCAGAUAUUCUUGUCGUCAAAGCUGGUGUUGGCGUUGCCAGAAGUGGACAGCUUCGUGUCACCCAGGAAGACAUUGUAAUAUUUGAUAUGGAGUCUGGUCCAGGAGCACCUCUUUCCUUCUCUGCGAGCUCAUCGGCGGGACUUCUGGAAGAGCUCAGCGAUGUCGACAGGGAUCUGAGAGACGACGAUCAAUGGGUAGGCGAAAAUCAGUGCAAACGACCAACAGAACAUGAAAAGACGCUGACCCACACUUUGACCAUCUAUGGGCAUAGCCCGUAG